AUGGAUGAAAAGAACAGAUCAAAAACUGAUGUUUUGGAACAAAUUUAUGUACAUGAUGUUUACAAUCGAUUGGGUUCAACAACAUUAACACAAGAUACAACAGUAUGGCCAAAAGUUCGAAAAUUUCUUAAUCGUAUAUCAUUACAACAUAAAAAUGCUUUAGUUGCUGAUGUUGGUUGUGGUAAUGGAAAAUAUGUUAAACUAAAAUCAGAUUUAUUCACAAUUGGUUGUGAUCGUAGUGAUCAAUUAUGUGAAAUAGCUCGAGAAAAAUAUUCUUAUAUACCAAUUAUAAUAGCUGACAAUCUUCAUCUACCAUAUCGAGAUAAUUUAUUUGAUGCUGUACUUUCAGUUGGUGUUAUUCAUCAUUUAGCUACUCAUAAACGACGUGUACAAGCUAUCCAAGAAUGUCUACGAAUUUUAAAUCCAAAUGGUGGUCAGUUAUUAAUAUAUACUUGGGCUUUGGAACAAAAACAUCGCACAUUUGCUAGUCAAGACGUUCUUAUUCCAUGUAUUAAUGAUCAAAUACGUUCAGAUAUUGUUCAUGAUAAAAAUUUUCAGUCAUCAACAUUACUUUCGAUGAAUGAAAAAUUUUCACAAAAUAUUGAACAAGAAUCUUCUAGAGGAACAACAUUUUCCAUGGUUGAUUCUCUACAAAAUUUAUUUCAACGAAUUGUAAAACCAUCGUCGUCGUCAUCUACUCCAUCGACACCAAAAUUAUCUCAUCAAGAUCGUUUAACAUUUCGUAUUCGUCCAUUUCCAAUGAGUUCAUAUAAUGAUGAACAAAUUAAUACGAAUCCAUGUAAUAAACGUUUUUAUCAUGUAUUUAAACAUGGUGAACUUGAAAUGCUCAUUGAAGAAGCGUCAAAAACUAUAGUCGGAUCAAGAAUAGUCAAAUCUUAUUAUGAUCAUGGAAAUUGGUGUGCUAUUGUACAAAAAGAUAUUGACAUCGGUUCACUGUGA